UUUACAGCUAGAAUCUUAGAAUGUUACGAAGUGGGAUUUGGACGUUUAUAUCAGGGGUUCCAAAACAGGACGGUUUCCGGUAUUACAUGCCAAAGGUGGGACUCGGACGAACCACAUAACCGAUGGAAUAUACAAGCAAACACAUUUCCAGAUAAUACGAUCGAGGAUGCGGAGAACUACUGUCGAGACCCGCACGAUGCGGGCAGACCCUGGUGCUACACAACCGAUCCGAAUGACCGAUGGGAUUACUGCGAUAUUCCACAAUGUUCAAAUAAAAACUGUUACAAGGAAGGAUAUUCUAAACUCUAUCAAGGGUACACAAGUGUUACAAAGGGGAAUUUGACCUGUCAGCGCUGGGAUACACAAGCGCCGCAUGAGCACACGUAUGACAACCCAGAUGACUACCCUGAUCCUUCGAUUGCUGAUGCAAAUAACUACUGCCGUAACCCUUCAAAUGCAGAGUCACCAUGGUGUUAUACAACCGGAAGUACACGUUGGGACUAUUGUGACAUUGAACCAUGCAAAUACGACUAUUGUUAUGAUGGCGAACCUUGGACGUUUCAAGGUCAGGUCUCAAGAACUGAGAGCGGUGUAGAGUGCCAGAGAUGGGAUACCACAGCUCCACACGACCACAAUUUCGGAAACCAACCCUCGAAGUUUUCGGAUGCAUCAGUGAGUGAUGCCGCAAACUACUGUCGGGAUCCUACCCAGGUUGAAAGUAGGCUAUGGUGUUACACAACAGACCCCAACCAAAGAUGGGACUGGUGUAACGUAAAGAAAUGCGAUGAUAUAUAAAAUAUGUACAAAUAUGCAAGCAAGGUUGAAUAAUGUCAUUUUCAAUGUCAUUUUCAGUGAAUAGACCAUAUACGAGCAUGAAUAUAAUAUUUAGAUAUAUAAGGCGUAAAAAAAUUGUUUGUUUCCGGUAUCCCGACCUACCCUAAAUUUUUAGCCCGAUCCUAAAUGUUUUUGUGGCCCUGGAGAAUUUUUAUUCAACUUUUUAGCAAAGAGUUGCAAAACUGCUCUUGUUAUGCUUUAAACAUGGUCAGUGGUGUUAGAAAUCAACUUUCUGAUGCUCUGAGGGCAUUACCCCUUCAUUUGUAUUCAUUUUUAACAUAAAUAUUAUUCACGAAAAGUCUCAUUUGAUAAAAAAAAUCCCCCCAAAACAUUUCCGACCUACCUACACUAAUUUUUUGAGCAUGUUACGGAAACAAAGAAUGUUUAGGCCUAAUAUAGGUAAUAUUAAAGAGUAAGAAUUAGUAUACUAUAGAGUUUUGGAGAGACUUUUACUUAACUGCCAACUUCUAAUUACAAGUUUUGUUACUUCUAACUUCCAGCUCUAUUAUUUUCAACUUCCAACUUCAUUACUUCUAACUUCACACUUCUUUACAGCUAACUUCCAAAUUCUUUCCUAACUUCCUACUUCAGUACAUCCAAGUUUUAACUACCAACCUCAUUAUUUAAACUUUUAAGUUCCCACUUUGUUACUUGUAAUUUACAUCUUCAUUACUUCCAACUUCAAUUCCUUUGCUUCUGACUUCAAGCUUUAUUACUUCUAACUCCGAACAAAAAACUUCAUUACUUCUUACAACCUCAUUACUUAAACAUCCAGCUUCGUUACUAACGUUUAAGGAAGUAGGAAGUGAUCAAGUUCGAGGCCAAGAAGUAAGAAUUAGUGAACUCAAAAGUGAUGUCAAAAGUAUUGAAGUUAGAAGUCCCAAUGGACGUCAACAGUUCACCUUUCCCAGAUAUUAAUUUGCAGUUAAUUCUAGCAGAGAUAAUACUGAAGUACAUUAAUUAGCUGUUUUACAGCUUGUAAGCUUAUAUAGGACAAUAAUGCUAAGAAUAUGGUGUUUUAUUUUUUAUAUUUAGAAUAGGGGAUACGUUCGUUUUAUUCUUUACUACUUUUAUAUGGCAAAGACGAAGAAAAAUGAGUCAGUAUUGAAGUAAUGACAAAAGAGUUAUAAUUCUUCAAAAAUGUAUAUCUCCUUUAUUCAAAUUUACAGGUUGAGCCUGACAUUUAGUCAAGUUAAAUGAUACAAUAAAAAAAGCAGUAGGACCACGUUUGGUAAUUCAUUCAGUCCAACAAGAUGGCACAUGUGUCAAGUGGUAUUCAUAUUUGAUAUUAUUCUUAUGGUUCACAACAGUGAAAAACUUUUCAGAUUUGUAUAUAUAUUGUAGCUCAGAGAGAGAGAGAGAGAGAGAGAGAGAGAGAGCGUUCGGUGAUGUGUGGUAACAGCUUUUAUUAUGUAACCUCGUGUAGCAACUAAGAUAGCCAAAAAUGUAUAACUCAGUAUUUGUAUGUAGUCAUAUAGCAAAAAAAGUAAAAACGAUGGGUCGCAUAAAUUCAACAGAGCCUACAUGUAUUGUGUACAUUGACAGCUCGUAAACAGUGAUGUAGGACUAAAUUGAUCACCUAUUGGUGUAUAGUAUAGUUAGAAACUAAACGCUAUCCUGAACAUGCGCGUGAUCGAACAUGCUUUAGUUUCUACUACAGGGAUAUGUACUGCUGGCUAUUGCCGGAAGUGAGGAAGUAGUAGUGCAAAUAUGGUGGCGCCCAUAGAAAUUUCUCUUACACACUCUUUUCUGAAACGUAUAUCCAAAUAAAACAGUGAAAAUCGA